GCACAUUAUCAGUAGCGUUACAAUUAUCUCCCCGUAGGUUUUAAUUUCAAAGUUUGAACAGAUAAUUAGGUAGAACAUUAAAAUAAAUAAAAAGUAUAAAACAAUAUAAAACUUGACAUCGAGCUGUGAACAGCUUAAAUGUUUCGCCCUGUUACGAAUAUACUACAACAGUCAAAAUGAUACCGUCGAAUAAGAACUCACUGAUCGGACUUUUAUUUUUGUCGUACUGCAUCUGUUUGGUGACAUCGAUCGAGUUGACUUUUGAACUCCAGGACAAAGCAAAGGAUUGUUACUACGAAAACAUAGAGAAAAAUACGUCCACCACCCUGGAGUACCAAGUUGUCACUGGUGGUCAAUAUGAUGUCGACGUGAUAAUCGAAUCCCCAACCAAAGAAAUUCUAUAUAGACAAGUGAAAUCACAAUUCGACAGUCAUACGUUUGUAGCAGCAGUAAGUGGACCAUAUGCCAUUUGUUUUAGUAAUGAAUUCUCAACGUUCUCGCACAAGCUCGUGUAUAUGGACUUACAAGUUGGCGAGGAAGACCCUCUGCCCGGUAUAGGAGAACAAGUGACUGUUAUGACUCAGAUGGAAACAACGUCGCAAGAUAUUCAUGAAUAUUUAAACAAAAUUAUUGACUAUCAAACUCAUCAUAGAUUAAAAGAGGCUCAAAGUCGUAAACGUGCUGAAGAUCUGAAUCACCAUGUAGCGUUAUGGUCAGCUACAGAAACUAUUGCAAUAUUAUUAGUCGCCAUUGUGCAAGUAUUUAUGUUAAAAAGAUUCUUUACAGAAAAAUCUCCUACACAAAAUCAAUAUAAGUCAAUGUAUUAAAACUAUUAGGUUGAGAAUAAAUAAUGUUUUUAAUAAAAUAUGAUUAUUAAUUACCAAUAAAAAAUGAUUAUCUUUUUUCUCAACAUAAUAUUAAUAUGUGUUUAUAAGAGACUUAAAUUGAAAAAUAUUUUUUGUGUGUUAAUUAAUAUUCUUUUAGCCCAGGGUUUAACAAAAACUAUUAAGAUUAAUAUGUACAUAUUAUCGGUUAUAAUUAAUCAUAGUUGAUUGUUAAAGUGCAAAGAAUUUAAUAUCAUCAUGCUUUGUACAUUAAUUUUUAUGAUACUGUCAAAAUCAAAUUGUUUACCUACAUGAUAUCAAGCAUAAUUUAUUUAGUUAUCAAGAAAUUGUAAUACUUUUAAAGUUUUAAACAACCAUGCAUUAUUUAUAAUUAUAAGUGUUUAAAUGGUUUUCAAAAUGUAUUACCAAUAUUUUUUUGUACCAUAUAAUUUAUUAUUUUGAAUUAUUAAAUUAAUGAAAUUGUACAUUGACUUGAGUCUUGAAGUGUUAAAUUGAAUUCUGUGUGAAAUUUUGAUUAUUUUAUAUUUAAAUAUAAAUAAUUACUAAUAAGGAUAUUAUAUUAAA